CAACGCGGCGGUCGCGUCACCGCCGAGGGGGCGGGCCCCGGGCGGCGUUCGGGGUCACGGAGGCUAGUGCUGCGCCCGCCCUCCGGUCGGGACCCCGGGUCGACUCACAAUCUCCCGCUUUGCGUUCCUCUCCCGGCUGCAUCCGGACGAAGAUGGCAACCGAUGGGCUGCACGAGAACGAGACGCUGGCGUCGCUGAAGAGCGAGGCCGAGAGCCUCAAGGGCAAGCUAGAGGAGGAGCGGGCAAAGCUGCAUGACGUGGAGCUACACCAGGUGGCUGAGCGGGUGGAGGCCCUUGGCCAGUUUGUCAUGAAGACCAGAAGGACCCUCAAAGGCCACGGGAACAAAGUCCUGUGCAUGGAUUGGUGCAAAGACAAGCGGAGGAUUGUGAGCUCCUCACAGGAUGGGAAGGUGAUCGUCUGGGACUCCUUUACUACUAACAAGGAGCAUGCGGUCACCAUGCCUUGCACCUGGGUGAUGGCGUGUGCUUACGCUCCAUCAGGAUGUGCCAUUGCUUGUGGUGGUCUGGAUAAUAAGUGUUCCGUGUAUCCACUGACAUUUGACAAGAAUGAGAACAUGGCCGCCAAGAAGAAGUCUGUUGCUAUGCACACCAACUACCUGUCUGCCUGCAGCUUCACCAACUCAGACAUGCAGAUCCUGACAGCCAGUGGUGAUGGCACAUGUGCCCUGUGGGAUGUGGAAAGUGGACAGCUGUUACAGAGCUUCCAUGGGCACGGGGCUGACGUCCUCUGCUUGGACCUUGCGCCCUCAGAAACUGGAAACACCUUCGUGUCUGGGGGUUGUGACAAGAAGGCCAUGGUGUGGGACAUGCGCUCUGGCCAGUGUGUGCAAGCCUUUGAAACGCAUGAAUCUGAUGUCAACAGUGUCCGGUACUACCCCAGCGGAGAUGCCUUCGCGUCUGGGUCAGAUGACGCCACGUGUCGCCUCUAUGACCUGAGGGCAGAUAGAGAGGUUGCCAUCUACUCCAAGGAAAGCAUUAUAUUUGGAGCAUCAAGUGUGGAUUUCUCCCUCAGUGGUCGCCUGCUCUUCGCUGGGUACAAUGACUAUACCAUCAAUGUCUGGGAUGUUCUCAAGGGCUCCCGGGUCUCCAUCCUGUUUGGACAUGAAAACCGCGUUAGCACUCUGCGAGUGUCUCCUGAUGGGACAGCAUUCUGCUCAGGAUCGUGGGAUCACACCCUAAGAGUUUGGGCAUAAUCUUCUCACAGCGUGCAAGAAUAAUGUGUCCUCUCCUGAAGAUACGACUUCUCGAUGAGCCCACAGCUUCCCACAGGUUAGCUUAUAGGAGCAACCUCACAGCUUGGCACUCACUCAUCCUGUCCAGUGUCUCCAUGAAAUCUGCCCUCUCCCUUGAAAUACUUGGAUAGGCCAUGCCACUUCAACUGGACCUUCAAGCCCUUCUUUCAUCUUAAAAACUUUGCGAAGUUUUGUCUGUCUUUGAAGUUAUUCCACCCAAUAGAAUGUCACAUUUAUCAGCAUUUAAAAUGUCGCUCAUUGUUUCCUUGGAUCUAGUCUGUCUUCAGAGCACUUUAAACUCUACCUUUUCUUGGCAUGGACUAUGGCUUCUAGAACCAUCGUCGGGAUGUGCCGGUUAUAUGGACUGUAAGAAUGACUGUUCACUGGUCUGUAAUAGAAGGAAAUUCCAGUUCCAGGUGUAACUCCACAGAAUCACUUUUUAAAACUGUUUUUAGGUAAAAGUAUCUUUUUG